AUGGAUCACACAGGUCUGCACGUCUUCUCUGCUUGUGCGCCUGUCCAAGCAUACACCAAGCCCUACCACCAGCGACGUACGCACAAGAAGUCGCGUGGAGGAUGUAUGAAGUGCAAGGAGAAACGUGUGCGCUGCGAUGAGAAACAGCCGGCCUGCACACGCUGCGCCCGUCGAUCGCUUGAUUGCCAAUAUCAGCGCAGUCCUGGCUCUGAAGAUUCAGUAAGCGCCAGUCCUCCCGAGGUUACGCACCACGAGCUAUGCCGAGAGGAAACGCCGCCAAUGCUCUCCUAUGAACAUGACCUUGCGUUACAACUCGGGCAUCCUGAAAAGACUUUGACGAGAAGCUCAACUCAAGACCAAUUGCUGAGGCAUUAUGAGCUUAUCACGGAGCACGGUCUCGUUAUGGGACCAGAGUCGAAGAUGUACCACGAGAGAGUUAUGCGAAUGGCUGUAGACGUAACUUUGAUGGUCUCAAUCCGAUACUUCGCUUCUUGGGACGACAGUCCGCCUGAGAAGUCCUGGGUCUUCUCUAACGAUCCUCAGCGACUGAGCUGGUUUACAGUCCAGCAGGGUCAAUCUGCCAUCCUUGCCCAAGUGAGACCGAAUCACUGCCGCAGCGGCUUUCUCUCCAACUUUACAGUACAAGCCAAAGACCUUCAUGGCAGGGAUCGGCGUUUACCACAAGGACUGUUUGAUAUAUGCGAAGUGACGGAUCCACGAGGACCACGAGGCGUGCAUGCAAACCCGUACCACGACAUUGUGCAUGCUCUCGCACUAAUAGUGCCUCUGGAGCCUGGAAUCAACAGCCUGAUGAAGUAUAUGCACUUUUGUGCUCGAGUGCACGCACGAUUCGUCGCUCUUGUGGAGAGGAAUGAGCCUCGGGCGCUCCUGAUCUUGGCUUACUGGUUUGCUCUGUUGUGCAACGUUGGAGACGUGUGGUGGUGCCAGCAGAGGGCAUGGAGAGAUUGCACCGCCAUCUCUGAGGCAUGCGGGUACAUCCUCUCCGGGCGAGACAAUACCUGCUCAGUUCUAGACCCGCUUGGAGAUUGA